AUGCCCAAAAAGCGGAAGCGCCCUUUGGGGGCAGAGGGGCCGCCCAGCGCGACCAUCGCGGAGAUCAAUGAGGUGUUGCUGGCCCCCAAGCGGCAGUUCGCCGCGCCGGUGGAGGCCCAGCGGAAGCCCAAGGCCAAAGCUCGCAGCGCGCCCAUGGCCGCCGCCAAGUCGGCGCCCAAGUCGGCGCCUGCGGCGCCGGCCGCCAAGUCGGCGCCUUCGGCGAAGGGCGUGGACGGCUCCAAGCUGGCAUUGGAGCUUCUAGAGGCGACCACCACCCAGCUGCUGCGGCGCAAGGGCUGGUUCCGGGACGUGCGCUUAAGACGUUCCGCAGAGGCCUUCAUGCGCAGCAGCAAGCUGUUCCAGAAGGCCGGCGCCGCGGCUCGUCAAGGCCACGUGCGGCCCGGCCCGGAGCUGACGGCUUACGAGCAGGAGCUGCUGAGACACUUGGAGGGCCUCAGAGGCAAACUGGGCGCGGUGCCGAUGAAUGAGGCCCGGGAGAUUAGUCUGAAGAGCUCAGGGCCCGGACAAGUCAUCGGAGCCAAGCUGAAGGGGCUCAAGAAGCGAGCCGCGGAGCUGGAGAAGAAGCCCCGGUCCGUGAUCAAGGGCGCCGGUCUAAGUUGA